GAUACGCGUCGAAAUCUCUAUGUACUCGGUCUGCCCUUUGAUCUUACCAAGGCUGAAUUUUCUACCUUGUUUUCGCGUUUCGGCACUGUCAUGCACGCCGUGAUUCUCGCUACUGUCGAUAACGCAUCUCGCCGUCGCGGUUUUGUGGUAAUGUCAUCUCACGAGGAAGCCAAACGUGCGAUGAAUGCGCUGUCGCGAAAGCAAAUGAAGUAUUAUCUACUCCGAGAUUCGAAGGUCAACUUGCUGACACAACACAGAGGGCACACCCUUGAUGUAUCUUGGGCCGUCGUGCAACGCUCUCAAGGCUUCCUAGAUGGUGCAGACAGGACGAUGAUGCUGGCAUCCUCGAACCCUACGUCAUUUCCAGAAAUGGAGCUCGAUCACCAACCCGCACGGCCGACAACCGGCUUGUCUCACUACGCUAACAAGCAGUGGAAUGUCUCAUUGGCGCCUUCCUCGAAGCUGCUGGUAUCAAAUUUGCCGACUCUUCUCUUUGCUCAGGCCAGUGACUUGCAUCCUCUGUUCUAUCCUUUCGGUCCCAUCAAGGAGGUGGAUCUGUUAGAUUCUGCUACACUCGGCAAUGGAACCGCAAGCGCUCUAGUUGAAUAUGUCAAUAUUGCCAACGCUCAGGAAGCCAAAGACGCACUUCAGCGGCAGUUCUAUGGGAGUUCGCGCCUCGAAGUCCGUUUCAUUCAAGACAGCGUCCAUCCGGUUGAAUCUGCUGCUGCUGCGUACGCCCAGUCUCCCAUACUACCGAAAACAUCUGAUGCCGGACUUAAUCCCUUUGCUGCUCCUUUCGUCCUUGGUUCGCGCCGCUUCCCAACCUUGGCGUCCGGUCUUAGCUGUGUUGCACACGAUUCGUUUGUCAACGACUUCUACUCCCCACUCGGUCUUCCUAGCGAUACCUUUCAAGUUGCCUCAUUCGCGCCGCACCCUCUUACGCAUCACCUCAGGGCCCAUGUAGCUGAUGCAAUUUCCAGAUCCAGCUCCGCAACGAGUUCGAGGUAG